CCCAGAAUAGACGCAGCACGUGCGUGCGAGCGGACGAACGCUCGCAGCCCGCGCCCCGCGGCUCCGCGAUUUUAACUUUCCUCAAUCGUUCAACUUUCCUUAUUCGCGUAACUUUCCUUUAAACAUGUUGACUAUUGUGUACGCUUAAAUUAGUCGUAGUACGUAAAUAGCACGUAGUGGCCUUGUCCGUUAUCGCACCGGUGAAGCUUUCGCGUAUUUAUAACUUUUGUAGGAACUUUUUGCACUUGUUAAACGCGUGUUUCGCCUUACGUAGAGAUGUAACGAUGUGCCUUAUCGAGUAAUAUGAUUGAGCUUCGUGAGAUAGUUGUGAUGUGUGUGAGUCAGCCCUGAAAAUGUCCUAUUUCAAGUGUCUAUUGUUUUUAACGUUGAUCGUGCUUCCUGAGCCUGCACCUGCCUUUCAAGCCGAUACCCCGCUUGGAGGUGGACCUGACUUAGCGGUAAAAAUAUGGGCGAGAACACUAGGAGAAGAAUUAUGGAGAUUAAGUGAAUCCCUAACGAAAUCUGAUCAAAUCAGAAUAAAAUACAAACAAAUGAACGCUAGCGUGAAGAAAAAAGACGGGAAGCAAAUUUUGGAAUCGUCUCUGCGGUCGGUCAGCACUAUGUUGACGCGGAAAAUUAACGCCGUUAAGUGCAUUCAUGCCACGGCAGAGCGUUUGGCCGCAGAAUUCAACUACUCUAUGAUCGAAGAUGAGACGUACGAGUUCGAGUACUGUUCCGCGAAGUAUUCUGCGUUCUUCAAUGAGGACGGGGCCGAGAUUAAGAGGCCGUCAGAGCCGCCGACUUUUGCCAAAAACAACCCGAACUAUAUGAAUGUGUCCCUAGAAAAGGACUCCCAUUUUUACGACAUAAACGUGAACACAAACACAAGCUGUGUACAAGUACCUACAAACAUAUUUUAUAGAGAGGCACCAGCGCUAAACGCUAUACUGUGGUCGAAGGAGCUCAACGAAGUGUUCAUAAAGAACUACAAUUCCGAUCCGUCACUUGUGUGGCAGUACUUUGGCAGCUCGCACGGGAUCCUCAGAUUCUACCCCGGGAUGCCAUGGAACAUGAAGGAAGUCGACACAUACGACUGCCGCGUCAAAUCCUGGUAUAUAGAAGCCGCUACGUGCUCCAAAGACGUUAUUAUACUCUUCGACGUAUCAGGAUCGAUGACCGGCUUCAAGAACUACGUGGCACGAAGGACGCUAGGCUCCCUUUUGGCGACGCUGUCGAACAACGACUAUGUAAAUGUGUAUACGUUCAAAGGGAAUACCUCGGAGGUCGUGACGUGUUUCAAGGGCCUCGUACAAGCGACUCCGGAGAAUUUGCUAACAAUAAGCAACACGCUCGAGCCGACGGACGGCGGGAAGAAACAUAAAGUGCCCUUGGAUGGGAACGCUAACUUGACGAAAGCGUAUAUAGCCGCUUUUACUACGUUGAAGGAGAAAAGGCGUCACUGCAACGUCAGCAGUACACAGGGCUGUAAUCAACUCGUCAUGGUGAUCACAGACUACGUGCCAGGGAACUUGACUGAAGUCUUCGAAGAAUACAAUAGAGAGGUCAUAGGCGGGAAAACGUACAUCCCAGUGCGAGUAUUCACUUAUCUUAUUGGAAAAGAAGUCACGAAUGUGAGGGAAAUCCAGUGGAUGGCUUGUCUCAAUAGAGGGUACUUCGUGCACAUCCACUCGGUGGAGGAGGUGCAGCAGCAGGUGCUCAAGUACAUCAACGUGAUCGCCCGGCCCAUGAUCAUCGCCGGCGACGACCCCCCGCCCACGUGGACGCACGCCAACAUCGACUAUACGAGAACAUCCAAAUGGGGUGUCAGCAAGGACAUGACAAAGCCGGACGAAGACAAGCUGGUGACGUCAGUGGCGAUACCGGCGUUUGACCGCAAGUACAACGAGGAGCACAACGACGCCAUGCUGCUGGGAGUGGCGGGGACUGAUGUGCCCAUUGACAGCAUCGCUAAGCUAGCCCAGCCGCAUCAGCUGGGCGUUAAUGGGUAUUCCUUUAUCGUGAGCAAUAAUGGAUAUUUGUUACUGCAUCCGCUACUCAUAACAACAAUAAACGACAAACUCCAAGAGAACUACAAUAGCGUGGACUUUGUGGAGGUGGAGCAGGUGGACGACGGCAAAGGUCCCCGCGAGCUGGGGCAGAAGAUCAAGGACCUCAGGAGGAGUCUCGUCAACGGCGUCGAGGGGAACAUGACCAACGUCGAAGUGCUGUUUCAUUACGACGGGAUGAGGAGAAUCUCCAGAGUAAAACAUGACUACUUUUUCAACAAGUUAGAGGGUACACCAUUCUCCAUGGGUAUUUCCUUACCUAUGGGUUAUGGAGACACUGAGUUGAUGCUGAAAGACAACCCAGUGGAGGCCAAGCAGGGACAGGAGCUUGUCGGUAUUAACGUGACGAGUUACUUCAAUUUCACCUACAGAGUUCAUCCCGAUUGGGUUUAUUGCAAGUAUCAUUACUUAGAAGGACAUGAAUCUGAAAACAAUGAGGUGGAAAUAUUUAAGUUUUUAGUAAAUAUAUCGAGGAAUAAAAUAGACAUCACCAAAACACAAUACAAAGAAGACAAUACACAGAGCCUGCCGUUUACGAUCGAGACUCAUUGCGGCACAACUCCUCUGGGCAAAGACGACUACUACUGCAACGAGGAUCUAGUGAAGCAAUUGGUGUUCGACGCGAAGCUCUCAGCGCCAUAUUUCCGGAGCUGGUCUGCUACGGAGGAGGAGAGGAACCUGGCGCGGAAGUACAACGUCAGCGUCAGAUUCAUCGCCACAUCAAGCGGCCUCACCAGGUGGCACUACAUAUUUGACGACUACAAAAACGAAUGGGUCGACGAAGUGGGUAACAGAGACAAGGAAUUCACUGGAAAGGUGUUCGGAGAUUACUACUACAACGCAAUAGAGGAGACGUGGUACAAAGCAGCCGUGCUCCAGCACAUGAUAGACAAGGAGUCCCUAGUCAUCGCAACGCCACUUCCUAUACUAGACAAAACUAUAUCCUCCCGACCGGAAAUAACCAAUGAGAAUGGCGACAUAACCAUCACCGCGAGCUAUGCGAUAUUCUACAAGGACGGAAACUCGGAAACUCCUGCCGCCGUUGUUGGCUUCCAAUACUUGUAUUCCAACUUCUUUGAAAUUUUCUCGAAUGUUACAAAGAACAGCAGGGACCUGACCUGCGACGAGCACGGUUCGUACGACUGCUUCUUGAUCGACAGCUCAGGGUACAUCGUCGUCGGUGUCCAGCAGCCGCAGGUCGGACAGUUCUUCGGAGUUUUCUAUCCGGGAGUACUCCAGUCUUUCAUCGACAAGAAAAUAUUCGACCACGUGGAGGUCUUCAACUACCAGGCGUUAUGCCCAGUGUCCAUCCUCCCUGAACUGAACAGUGCCUUCACACUUGACACGCCCUUCAGAAUUGUUUGGGCGUUCAUAAAAUGGAUUAUUACUGAGACCUUCUUCGUGUCGUGCAAUUUCUUUCAAUGGAACCAGUAUAGUUACGCCGAGGAGUUCGAUAUGGAUGCAAUUGUAUCCGAUGACUACGACUCUGAUGGCGAGGAAGAGAGCACGACACCCGCUCCUGAUAUGAACUAUACAGUACAAGAACCACAGGAGGAGUUAUUCUCGUGCGACCACCGAAUAACAUUGUACAUUUUAAACCAAUCGUACUUCCUCAACUCGAUGGGCGUCUCCCCAGUUGUAUCAGAGGAGAAGCCGGGAAAGUGUCACUCGCCGUACUGGGCAACGUUGGUCACCAAGACCAACCUGCUUUUGGUCGUCGUUGACAAAAAUUACAACGACAGGGAGUUCUCAUGCGAUCCUCUCCCAAAAUCCACGGAACCUGAACCGACUACGAAUUCCACGACGAGUCGAGAACCUUGCCACAAGUUGGAUUUAGGUGGCCUGAUGAGACGGAGACUGGAGGGAUGUUUCACGUAUCACGACAAAGAAAACAACAUCACAGCAUGUGGAAGAGGAAGUCUAGCGACAUCUGACGCGUUGACUUUUGUCACGGCUACUGCAUUUGUGUUAUUUAGUUUACUAAUUUCAUAAGUUACUUACGUUACGUUUGCGUUAAAGUGUUAUAGAUUUAUAUUUACUAUUUUGGCAAUAAAUUUAUUAUCCUUA